AUGUCAUCUCAGAUUAUUAAAAAUGUGGAGCUUACCAGGAUAUUCAAGGAAUUGAAGUCCAAAAAUAUUACAGUUCAACAAGAAGCUUCAAGGAAACUGUAUUAGUAUCUUACUAAACACAACGAAGAUUGCGACUACAUCUUUGAAGAAUUUUAUGAAUUGCUUUAGUCAGAUGUCAAAGAGUAAAAGCUCGGAUGCUUUAUUGCCAUUAACAAAAUUCUGACAGUAGGCAGAGAAACCCGUAUAGUUCAUUAUGUGAAUAAAAUCAUGCCUAUGAUCACAAAGUAGAUGAAAAUCAAUAACAAUGAACUAGUCGAGAAGGCUGCUGAAUGUCUCGGAAAUCUGGCUAAAGCAGGAGGUAGUAUUACUGCAGAAAUUGUAGAGAAAACUUUAGAAUAAGCUAUUAGCUGGCUCUCAUCGGAGAAGAGUUCUAAGUCUAAUGAUAUCAAAAAGUAUUCAGCUGUAUUGAUACUUAGAGAGUUUUGCAAAAAGCUUCCAAUCGUCACAUUCAACAAACUCUUUGAUCUUAAUAACUCCUACAAAUAAAUUUUCUUGGCAUUUAGAGAUCAUAGAAUAAAUGUAAGAGAUACUGCUGCUGAAUGUAUAAAUGUCUGCUUAAAUCUUAUAUCGGAGAGAGAAUCAAAAUAGUCAAAGUAAGGACUGCAAAGACUAAUCUAUGAUGAAAUACAAGUCGCUUUUAUUGAUCAGGAUCCUAAUUACUAGCAUUCUGCUUUAACUGUGCUAUCAGCCUUACUCUAGAGCAAAGGAUCUGGAAGUGAAAUCAUUAGGACUUAAGGGAAAACAAUCAUAGAGAAUGUAAUGAAAAUGCAUGAAAUGAAUAAAAGCAGCGCUUUCGUCAAGAAAAAGUGCAUUGAAAUCAUGCCGCUGCUUGUCAAGUAUCUCUAGCCAUUCUUUUCUGAUAAGCAUCUGGAGCUAUCAAUCAAGGCAAUUUUCUCCUUUAUCACCAAGAAGGAUAAUAAGGACAGAGGCUAAGGCUUCUUGUCUCUAGGCAAAAUGGGGCUACUUGUUUAGAAAUAAGAAUUUACCAAGUCCCUUUCCAAUAUCUUUGACUUACUUGAGAAGGAAAUCUCAUUUGUGAAACCAAAUAAAGCAAGUGGAAAUUCCAAAUACCAGAUUACCCUUGAAAUCCUUACCUGUAUUAAGAUGCUGCUGAGAAACUAUGGAGAAGAGUUCGAGAAAAGAUUCGAUUUAGUCUACUUCGUCAAUGAUCUAUUCUACUUUGGAUUUAACAAACAACUAAUCGAAACUCUUGGGGAACUGUCAAAGAUAUGCGGAGGCAAAUACAAGAUGAUCACUCAGAUUAAGCUACUCAAUGCCAUUUCCAUUAUACUAACUCUAAAGACCAAUCAUUUCCCAAUAGGACUGGAAAAUCUGAAGAGACAAAAGAACUAGGAUCAGAUUGGAAGGAAUGAAAGUGUAUAGGCUCUUGAAAAUCAACUCAAAGAUCUAAGACAUUCUCCAUCCCCAGACAAAACAUAAGAAUAGCUGUCAUUAGCAGGAUAAUCUAUUGAUAAUUACAGAAAAGAAAGUAUGGACACAACUACCUUAGCCCAGGCUUUUGCCCAAGAGGAGGAACUAAAGUCAAGUAUGCUUGACUUACCAGAUUCAAAGUUUGAGCUAAGCAAGGUAAGAUCUGGAGGACAGCCUAAUUCAGCCACUCUGGUAAUUGAUAUUCCCACCCUAAAGAAACUUUUGAAUAAGAUAUCGUGCGAAUUCAUUCUUGGUCUAAUUCAAGGUAGCUAAUCAUCAGACAAAGGAGAGACCUAAAUGAAUUAAAAGACUCAAUUAGUCACUUUAGCCUUGAAAACUUUGGCUUCUUAUGAUUUCACAGAAUUCAGUGAUAGCGUCACACAAUUCAUUGAGAACUCAGUUCUGAACUAUCUUGACGAUGAAAACCCUACAGUCAGAAAAGAUGCCGUUAAGACUUGCUGUAGUUUGAGCUUCUCAUAAUCUAAUGGUUAAUCUUAUCAAAGACUAGGAGCAGUGAUGGUGAGAAUAGUUAACAAGCUACUUCACAAAUUCUUUGUAACUGCUACAACUGACAAUGACUACAGAAUCAGAUGCACAAUGCUGAAAUACUUAAACUCUCAGUUCGAUCCCUUUAUCUCAAGAUACGAAAAUCUACUCAUGCUCUUCAACUGUAUGCAAGACUCCAACUUUGAUAUCAAAGAUAGGACCGUAAGAAUAUUGGGGAGACUUGUCAAUCACAAUGCAUCUCAGAUACUUCCCUACCUCAGACAUUUGAUUAUUCAACUUAUCAACUAGCUUGAGCACAGUAAUGAUGUCAAGGAGAGAGAAGAAGCAGCAAAGCUUAUUAAGACAUUUGUUAGGUCAAACAAAGAUCUCUCAAAAUCCUAUGCAAACUCAAUCUUGAAAAGUCUGAUCUAAAAAAUAGAUGGAGAAUAAGCAACAUCAGCUUUUAUCUCAGCAGUAUUAGAAGCAAUUGGUGAGAUAUCUAAUGUAGAUAGUGAAUCAAUCAAGCCAUAUAUGGGAGAUUUGCUACCAUUGAUACUUGAGUGUAUUAAAGAUCAGAGUAGUGCUUAGAAAAGAGAAGUAGCUCUGAAGACUCUGAUUUCAAUUAUCGAAAAUACUGGCUUUGUAAUUAAGCCUUAUUUCUUCUUCCCAGAGAUUCUUUAAUACAUUAGAAAUCUAGUCCAGAAUGAACAGUCAAGUACAAUUAAAAAGCUCGUAUUUAAACUGAUUGGUACUCUUGGAGCUUUAGACCCUUAUUUAGUAAAACAAAUCUAACUAUACUAUAAUAAUUCAGAUGGAAUCGAUGGUAGCGAUAUUCAUGCGAAUAUUCCACUUUUAAGAAUGAUUGACUAGCAACUUAACAAUCCAAAUCAGAAGUAAGGAUAGAUUGGAGCUAUUGAAAGUCAAUACAGCAACAGAGACGCAGCUACUCAAUCUUCAAUAACAAGAAAUAUAUUCAUAAAGAGAAAAUCAAAAGAGGACAAUGAAGUCCAAAAGCAAAUGAACCACGUAAACAGUGAAAUGAAUGGCACCAAUCCAGCAUUUAAGGACAUGCCUAUGAUACAGUUCUACAACUAGCUUGGGCAAAGAGGUCAAGACAUGAUUAAAUACCUGAAGAAAUAUGAUUUCUAAGAGACUAAAGAGAAUAAGUAUCCGACUAAAGCAAUUUAACAUUUAAUUAAGGUGCUUCUUGAUCCUACUCUGAGAGAUCAUCAUCACAUUGUACUAUAAGGGAUUAAGUACAUUGUAUAUAACUUAGGAACAGACUCAAUAGUCUUUUUACCCUUGAUCAUUCCACCAUUGAUGACACUUAUUAAGACUAAUGACCCUGUUUUGAACGAAAGUCUCUAUCAAUGUAUAAAUGCUAUUAUUGGCACAGUUCCUAAAUCUAUAGAUAAAUUCUCAGACAUUAUCUUUGAUACUAUUAAUGAAGUGCUUCAAGUUUAAGCCCUUUAAGUUUUGGAAUUAAUCAGACUACUAAAUGUCAACUGCAAGGAAUCCUUAAUCACCGACAUGUAUCUGCUAUUGCCUAAGGUUGUUCAGCUUGUAGAGUAAAAGAGAAACCCAAGUGAGAUUCAAGUAUCCAUUAAGGCUGUUCAAACAAUCAAAGAAUUUCACACUUCAAUUUUAAAUGAUCAUCUCUAUAUAAUCAUCCCACUCCUAUUACGUAUCGGAUCUAAUGGUAUCCAAAGUAUUGAGAUUAGCUUGAGUAUUGAAAUUCUAAAGACUAUAGAUACUCUCAAGGAAUGUACAAGCUUUAGAGAGCAUGUUGGCUAGAUUGUGCAUCAGCUUUUAUAAGUGAUGGAGACAUAACCAAAUUUGACUAAUCUGGUUCAAGAAAUUCUAAAGCUUUUUACAUCUUUAGCUGGAAAACUCCUAAUUGAUUUCGCACCUUAUAUCUCUCUGAUUCAGAAAGCAAUCAAAAGAAACAAACUCUUUUUUGAAGAAUUUGACAUUAAGGUUGAAGAAAUUACUCGACUUAACCCAAUCGAUAUUUUCUAUAAUAACCUCAAGCAUCAGCAAAUUAUAGACGAAGAGAAAUUGAGUCAACAGACAAAGGAGACUUAAGAGUAGUAAGCUCAGGCUAAUAACGGCAAUAUGCCAAAGAAAUCUAUGUUAGAAGCUCAAGAAAUAAGGAAGAAGCACAUAAAGUUUGACUUACUUCUGAAAGAAUUCGAUACGUCCAAGUGUAGCAUUGAGGCUGAUUGGAUUGAAUGGCUGAAGAAGACUUCACAUUAGCUAUUGAAAUAGUCACCAUCGCCAAUUCUAUAUGCUUGCAGUACUUUGGCUGAAGUGUAUGCCCCAAUUGCUAAUGAGUUGUACAACAUUGCAUUUGUAAGCUGCUGGAAGAUAAUGAAUGACAAAGGUAAAGAGAAGAUAAUGGAAAACUAUCUAAGUGCAAUAAAGUCAAAUAGCAAGCCAACUAUCGUUCUCCAGACUAUCUUGAAUUUGGCAGAGUUUAUGGAGUUGGAUGAAAAUACAGACAUCAAAGUGUUCUCUGCUUCAACUCUCGCUAGAAUUGCAGAGUAAUGCAAUGCCUAUGCUAAAGCACUUUAUUAUUGGGAACUUGAGUUUGACAAUGAUCCAAGAAACACAAUCGAACUUCUAAUUUAGACAAACUAUGGCUUGCAGUAACCAGAGGCUGCUGAAGGUAUUCUCGAAUAUGCCAAAAAGAACAUUCUAAUUGAUGAGAAAGAAGACUGGUAUGAGAAACUUCAUAGAUGGAAAGAUGCUCUCAGAAUUUAUGAGUAAAAAUAGCAAUAUGACCCUAAUAACUUCGAAAUCGUCAAGGGUAAAAUGAACUGCUACAGAAAUCUUUAUGACUGGGGCAAUUUAUCAGUGCUAGUUGAAUAGUUAUGGGACUAGUAAAUGUAGUAAGAUUCAAUUCCCUAAGUCAACUCUUAAAAUCUCUCUCAGAUAAAGUAAGUAUCAGAACUAGCAUCCUAUUCAGCCUGGAAUAUGGGUAACUGGGAGAACUUUUAGCAAUAUGUGAAAGUGCUAGACAUCCAGAAAAAUCCUUAUGAAAGAAACUUUUUCCAAGCAGUGCUUGACAUCAAGAGUAGCAAGUACAACGAUGCUCAGAAGCAUAUCGACAAGGCUAGGGAGGUUCUAGAUCCUAAGAUUACCUCACUUCUGGGUGAGAGUUAUAACAGAGCCUAUCUGCUAAUUCAAGAAAUGCAAAACUUGAGAGAAUUAGAAGAGAUCAUUGAGUAUAAACAAAUUGCAACAGAUGAGACAAGAAAGAAGCAUCUGUAUAAUCUCUGGUGCAGCAGACUAGAGUACUAACCAAGCUAGGAUCUCGAAUAGUGGUAGAAAAGUCUAAACAUUAGAAAUCUUGUCAUAGAUAAAUCAGAGGAGAUAGACUAUUACCUCAAGUUCGCUAAGCUAGCUCAGAACUGUGGAAACAACGAUCUAGGUUAAAGAGUUUUGAUCAAUCUAAAAAAUGAACUAAUUAAAGCCAAGGCUGAGAAAUCUUUAAAGCUUACGAACUAAUUUGCAAAGGUAGAAUUCGCCAUUCAAUAGACUGUCUUUAUCUCUGGCAAAUAUCAUGAGGCUAUUCAGAAUUUGAAGAAACUUAUCCAAGAUAAGGAAGAUAUGGACCAUCAGAUCAAAAGUGAUUGCUACUUGAAGCUAGGGUAGUGGCAUUAUGAGCAGCAAGAACUAAACAAAAUCAAUCUGACUGAAGGUGACUACUAGCAUAUUCUGUAGACCUGCGAGUAGGCAACCUAAAUUCAUCCUAAGAACUAAGAGGCCUGGCACUUCUACUCACUUAUGAACUAUGAAGCUUGCAUUUACUUCUCUAAGAGAUUGAAUGAAGAAUACAGUCAGCUGCAAGAGAACUCAUCUCAGAGCUACCAGACAAACAUAUUCGACGAUUUCUCACCAUAGACAAGCUAUCAAAUACAAUAGCUGUAAGCUCAUGCUACUAUCAGUCAGAUCCAGUUAGGCCAGAAAUAUGUAUAUCAUGUGGUAUGCGCUAUCAAGGGACUAGUACAAUAGCUUUCAUUGAGUGAUCAGAUGUAUUCAUCAGAUAUGACUAAGACUUUAUAAAACACUUUGAGACUCUUGAAACUCUGGUUUAGACAUGGAAAUCUAAUUGAGAUAGAGGAAAUUAUCAGAAAAGGGUUUGAAAGAAUUGAUCUAAAGAUUUGGAUAGAUGUCAUUCCACAACUUCUUGCAAGAGUAGACAUCAAGGAUAAUAUCAUUAGAAAAUCACUCAUUGACCUAUUAGAGAGAAUAUCACAGAAAUUUCCAUAAGCUCUUAUCUACAGUCUCUCAGUUCUUUAGAAAUCCAAGACAAUUGAGAGAAGAAAAGCUGCAGAUCAGCUUAUCGAAAAGUUAAAAGCAAAACAGCCAAUACUAAUAGAAUAAGCAACAAUGAUAUCAGAUGAAUUAAUAAGAUGUGCUAUUGUAUUAGCUGAGAUUUGGAAUGAAGCGAUUGAAGAGGCAAGUAGAAUUUACUUUGGAUAGAAUGAUGCCAAAGCUAUGCUCAAUUAUUUGACUCCUCAUCAUAAAAUGAUGGAAAGCUAACCAGAGACCAUGAACGAGAUCUCCUUUUACUAAGGUUACGCCAGUGACCUUUAAGAGGCUGAAGGCUGGACUAAAAGAUUUAUCCAAACAAAGAGCUAAACAGACAUUAAUCAAGCUUGGGAUCUGUAUCUAAGUGUUUUCAGAAGAAUCUCUAUUAAGCAAAAGGAGGUCCAAUUCUAUGAACUGAAGAAUGUAGCACCCAAACUCCUUGACUCUGAAAACUUAGACAUUGCAGUGCCUGGCACAUUUAAAAGUGAUAGGAAGAUUGUUAAAAUAUCAAAGUUUGCAUCAGUUUUGCCAGUUCUGUCAUCCAAGCAACAUCCAAGGAAAAUGCAAAUGUAUGGAAGCGAUGGCAAAGAAUACAUGUUCUUAUUGAAAGGUCAUGAAGACAUCAGACAAGAUGAAAGAGUGAUGCAACUUUUUGGACUCGUUAAUACUUUACUUGCAAUCGAUCCUCAGACCAGUAAAAAGGAUUUAUCAAUUAGAAGAUACCCUGUAAUUCCACUGAGUUAAAAUACUGGUCUUAUUGGAUGGGUGCCAAACUGUGAUACACUUCAUCAACUUAUUAAGGACCACAGAUCAUAAGCCAACAUUAUCCCCAACAUUGAAUAUAAACUGAUGGAAUCAAUGUGCGAUCACUUUGACAUUUGCCCUAUUCCAAAUAAAGUUGAAAUUUUUAGAUAUGCACUUGAUAGAACAAUGGGCGAAGAUUUGUAAAAAGUUCUUUGGUUAAAAUCCUAAAAUUCAGAACUGUGGCUUGAAAGAAGAACAAAUUAUACCAGAUCUCUAGCGGUUAUGUCUAUGGUAGGAUAUAUACUUGGACUUGGAGAUAGACAUCCCUCUAAUAUUAUGCUUGAUAGAUAUUCAGGCAAAAUUAUCCAUAUUGACUUUGGUGAUUGUUUUGAAAUCGCAAUGAGAAGAGAAAAGUUCCCUGAAAAGAUUCCAUUUAGACUUACUAGAAUGCUUAUCAAAGCAAUGGAGGUUUCUGGCAUUGAAGGUAAUUUUAGAACAACUUGCGAAAAUACAAUGAGAGUUAUGAGAGCAAGCAAGGAAUCUCUAUUGGCAAUUCUUGAGGCUUUUGUUUAUGAUCCACUUAUUAGUUUCAAACUGCUCAACCCUAAGAUACUGAAGCAGCAUCAGCAAAAGAACAAUACUGACCAAUAGAAUCCAAAUCAAGAGGAGCAGAAAUAGAAUGUCAAUAAUGCUUUUGCACCAAAGAGUAUGAGUACAAGAAAAGGUAAAAAUGGUACUAUUAGAGAAUCUAUUGUUGAGUAAGUGUUAGAGAGAUUCUAGAAGCAUCACGGCAAGGAGGAAUACAAUUAGAAUUAUGCUGAGAGCAAAUUCUCUAGGAAAAUGGAAGAGAAAGAGCUUAUGCAUAUGAUUGAAGAAGAAGGUGAGGAUGCCAGAAGACAAGAACUUAACCAAACUGCAGAAAUUGUAAUUCAAAGAAUCAAUGAUAAGCUAAGAGGUAUGGAAUUCUAACAUGGCUAAAAAAUGGACAUUGAGAGGUAAGUUGACAAUCUUAUCAAGCAGGCAGCUUCACAUGAAAAUCUAGCUCAAUGCUAUAUUGGUUGGUGUCCAUUUUGGUGA